AUUUUAUCUCGACAUGAUUAUUUUCUUCUCUAUCAAACAUCCCAUCUCAUAUGUUAUGGAAUAUAGAUAUAAAUUUGGUGAAUUGGUGUUUACUGUUUCUUUUUAGUAUGGCGUUACCCCGUUUCAUCAACGGAAUGGUUAGGACUAAGGCCAUCUAUACGGUGUCUAGUAGAAAUGUGGUUUCCCACGAGCCUUGGAAGCCUGGUCCAUAUCCGAAAACUGAAGAAGAGCGUUUAGCUGCUGCUAAGAAAUAUGGUCUGUUACCCGAAGAAUAUGAGCCAUACCCAGAUGAUGGUUUGGGUUAUGGAGACUAUCCAAAGUUGCCGGACAUUGGACAGGACCACAAAAGUGAAUAUUAUCCAUGGGACUGUGCCGAACAUAACAGGAACUUUGGUGAAAUAAUGCAUGUAAAUUCUGACAAAUGGGGUUCGGACAAAGCUAACCCAAAUGCUGAUGAAAAUGCUAGAUUUCCUGCCUGGCAAAAAUUAUUGGCAUUGUUUGGUACUGUUUUUGGACUAGGUGGAUUGAUGCUUACAGGAGAUUACUGGUGUAAAACAUAUAGGCCAUAUAUGCCUAAACAAUGGCCUCAAGAAGGAGUGAAAUAUUAUACUUAUUCAGACAAAUAUUUUUGAAUAGUAUGAUUGUUGUUUGAUAUACAUUAUAUUGUAGCUUAU